ACGACCUAAACUUAAAUGGGUGCUGAACUCCAGACGGAAGUGUUGUUUUCCAAUUUUGUGUUGGUACAGAUCUAUCUGCUGCUCCGAGCUAUACUGCAUAAAGUUGUUCCAGCAGACCUGUGGGGCUCCAGGCACAACAGAGUCUGCUUCCUGACCAAUGUGUUACUGUUCCUGAGGAUGGGUCGGUACGAGAGGAUCACACUGCACCAACUCAUGACAGGAAUGAGGCUGACUGACUGUGACUGGCUGAAGUUGGACUCCAACACCGUGCAAGAAUUCCACACCAGAAGUGCAGUUCUGGGCAAGCUUGUCUGGUGGCUCUUCAACAACUUUGUCAUCACAGUACUCAGGUCUUACUUCUACAUCACAGAGACAACAACUCAGAGGAAUCAGGUUCUGUACUACAGGAGUUCUCUCUGGAAAAUGUUAAAGACAAGAUUUUUACGAGCAACUGAGUUGACUCAAGAUGACCACACCCUUGUAAGCUUGUCAGAAGAUAAGCUCCUAGAUGAAAAAUAA